AGUAGCAUGUUUUUCACGGUUGAUUGUGUAUAACGUAUAUGUGUAUUCGUUGCGAGUUAAUGAUUCGCGAGUUUUCGCUAAGAAAUUUAUACGCUGCAAGAGCGAUACUGAAUUUUAGUAACAUAAUCCGUUACUGGUCUGACAAGUAGUAUGGGAUGCGCUUUCGUUUCGAUUGUAUAGUGAUUCGAUUCUCAGCCAUACGUGGGUCGAAAUUAAUUACUUUUUAAAACCAACGAAUCUACAAACACUUUCAAUUCUUUGCACGCGUGCCUUACGUUCAGGGGAUAUCUAAGUGAGCCGCUGUUACGGAUUAAACGAUGCCAGUGAAUACGACCGUAGGCACUACCCUUUUGGGUGAGGAGUUUCAGCGUAUUGUGCACGAAAGGGAGCUGGAAUGUUUGGAGUUGGCCAUGAAUUCCACGCCACUACCAGAGCCAUACUGUCGGGUGACAUUUGACGGAUGGUCCUGUUGGCCAAAUACUCCAGCAGGAACGACUGUAUACUCCCCGUGUCCAAAUUUCAUCACUGGUUUCGACGCCUCGCUGCAGGCACAUAAACAUUGUGAGUCGAACGGUACCUGGUUUCGACAUCCGGUAUCUGACCAAGUGUGGAGCAACUACACGACCUGCGUCAACCUGCAAGAUCUCAGUUGGCAGCAAGGAAUCAGUGGACUUUACGAAGCUGGAUAUGCAAUAUCGUUGGUGGCAUUGCUGCUGUCGUUAGGUAUUCUCACAUACUUCCGCUCCCUGAGGUGUGCAAGGACCACCCUUCAUAUGAACUUGUUCGCCUCGUUUGCUGUAAAUAACGCACUAUGGCUGGUGUGGUAUAGAUGCAUCGUCGCGAACACGGAUUUACUAUUGAACAAUGAGAUAACGUGUCGGCUGCUACACAUUAUCCUGCAUUACUUUCUACUUACUAAUUACGCCUGGAUGUUAUGCGAGGGUUUUUAUCUGCACACUCUGCUCGUUAGCGCUUUCACCAGUGAACAUAAAUUAGUAAAGUGGCUGAUGGGUCUCGGUUGGCCUGUACCUGCGGUCAUCGUCACGAUUUAUGCCUCUUUGAGGGCGACCAGUGAUGAUCCUGCGGACACCGGACAAUGUUGGAUCAACGAGGGUAACUAUAUGAACGUGCUGGUCUACCCAGUCUGCGUUUCCACCCUGUUGAACGUGCUUUUCCUCUUCAACAUCGUCCGAGUUCUCUUGAUGAAACUGAGAGCUGGUCCUACGAUUGGCACGCAACCUUCCAGGUCUAUGCGUCAAGCAUUUCGAGCGACGCUACUUCUUGUACCACUUUUGGGCCUACAUUAUCUUGUCAUCCCCUUCAGACCGCCGAAAAAUCACCCUUGGGAGCAAUUUUACGAAGUUCUCUCCGCCAUAACGGCCUCUUUUCAGGGUCUCUGCGUGGCCGUUUUAUUCUGUUUCUGCAACGGUGAGGUAAUAGCGCAAUUUAAGAGAAGAUGGGAAGGCACGGCUCUUAUGCGGAAUCGGGCCAAUUCUUGCACGGCUACCACCGUCUCGGUCCGAUGCCGGGAGAGGAGAAGGUGUGACUAUCGGUCGUCCGUGCUGGAAGUUCCGGACGAAAAACGAGCUGUGGACGACCAUCAGCAGAUCGUUCAACUGGUCGCCGCUACUCCCGUCCCCAAUAGUCACAACAAUCACGCCAGGAUGCUCAUUAAGUCCAACAAGUUGUCCGACUACGAUCAGACGCAGUGUUGAUAAUUUUGACGGCUGAUCAAUGACAGACUGAGACUACCGAAGCUGGCGAAAGAACGUCAUCGAGCGAACAUCAAAGAGAGUUUUAUUCUAUAGCGAGAAGAUUAAGGAGCUUAAAGAUCGCGUCAAUAAUAUAGCGAACAUGAGGAAGGAGUCCUUUUAAGAGUGGAUGUACUAAAUUCUUUUUUUUUUUUUUUUUAUGGAGACUGUUGGAAGUGAUGAACGUCGUUUUAUUCUAAAAUGAGAAUGUUGAGAAUUAGUGAAGAAGGUAUAUAUACAGUGGCUACAAAAAGUAUUGACACGUAUCCUUAUCUUCCAAUGAAACUUUCUGUCAGAUUCUAUACGUUUCACUUUCACAAUAUCAAAUUUUUUAGUUGUAUAAAAAUUAAAUUGUACGAAAUUUAAUAUACUUGGACCUAAUUAAUUAGUAUAUACACGUUAUAAUAAAUACAACGAUAUGAAAAUAGUUUUUAUAGCCAUUGCAAUUUGAUAAUUAGAGUUGUGAAGGCCAGUUCUGUAUAAGUUCUAAUGAAUAAGUGAUAUUAUUGAAAA